CUUGUCGCGAUAUCUGAGAGAGCUUCGUUCUCUGACUCCCCUCAUGAUUCACGCACUUCAACAUGGGCACCGAGGGACGCUGGGAGCUACUCAAUCUCAACCAUGAGGGGCUGCCCAAGCUUCUCGUCAAAUAUGUUAUCGGCGACACAGGCUACACAGUAUCCAUUACAGAUCUUGCAAACAUAUGGAUUGAGAGUCUCUCCAAUUUUGAAAUCACUCGCAAUGCCGAGACCCAGAGUUGCAGCAUCAGUCCAGGUGAUGACGCCGGUCAAUUGCAAAUAUUACUGAAGCAAAUCCGUGAUAUUCUCAGUCACAAGGACGGCAGUGUUCGCAUAGCCUUGCAGCCUCCUGAUGAUCUCACUCUUGCACUGAAAGCACCGCUACCCUUUCCGUUGCCUCCAUUCGAAUGGACAAUGGUCCUGACAAAGGCUACUUCUACCCAGGUUGUGUCUGAAGUCAUAUCACCACUUCUUCUCCUGGCACACCAGCAACAGCAGCAGCUCAAUUUUCUGCUUGGCGAACUUCGACACAAAGAUCACGCCAUGUCGAGGCUUCUUGACAAGAUGGAGGCUACGAACACUGAUCUUGGUUCCGUCUUUCCUGGUGUCUCGGCAGGCAGGAACUCUCAGAGAUCGUUGAAAAGAAAUCACGUUGCAACCCGCGUACCAGGUCUUGCUCCUUUUCAGCCCGGCUCAGAGCUGCAGCACAGUGGAGGGACACCAUCUAGUGACAGUUUGUAUUCUGUGCUUCGCGAUGCGUCUGCAGAUGUGGCCCCGAUCCUGACCGAGCCGUCUUCUGGCCAAUGGUGGCAGGACAUGGCAAAGCAGCAAGCGAGCAUAGCAGUCAAUGUGCCUAUGCCUACAGAUAUGGAUGAUGACGAGACAGACGAUGAUUUGGACGGCUUUCAGACGCAGACGAUUCCAGAGCAAAUACAAAGACAGAUGCCUGCUGAUAUAUCGUCCCCAGUUCGUUCAUCCCGACGCAAACGAAUGAUUGCCUCUGCUCAUGACGAGAGCACUGACGAUGGACGAGUCACUUCGUCGCCUCCCCCCAUCCCUGGUAAUCGCCGCCUUGGCCAGACAGAGACCCCCGCGCCUGAUAGCCCGAGUAAGCGAUCAAACACUCAGACGAGACGUAUAGGAGCUAUCGGAGGUAGAUCCAGCUCUCAGGCUCUGCCACCAUCUUUGCCGCCUUCGUCACCACCCAAGCCGCCUAAUGAGGAUGAUGCCGACCGAGGCUUACGAUCAAGAGUGUCGCCAACUCCAUCCUCGAUGCUACCUCCUCCAAGUCAAAUGACUCCUUCGCGAAGACGUAGACUUGGUGGCAUCGGACGUGGAAGCUCUCAGAUGCAGCCGUCCCAGCCAUCACUCAACAGAUGGUCUUCCCAAGCUCAAGUCUUGCCUUCUUUGGAGGAGGAACAGCAUCGCGACAACGAACUCAAUAUUGGCCUUGACUCUAUAUCUCGUGAGAACGGCGAGGGUAAAGCUGAGGUCCGACAAACCCGGGCUACAAAGCGGAAAGCGAGCGAGGAAAGAGAACCUAGUCCACGGGAGACAUCGGCGGAGAGGGCGGACAGGAAAAGAAAUGAGUUGAAGCAGAAUUUGAAUGAGAAACCAAAGGCACCAGCAAAAAGGAAAAGGCGGUUUUAGGCUAAGUAACGAAUUCACUACUGCGAUGUCUAUGAAAAGGCUUCCCUCUCACAAAGUACUGGAUGAUGAGUAUGAACAGGUAAGGUACCUUGAACACAGGUAGAGCAUCGAGAGUAGUUGUUCCGAUCACUGCUGCUGUAGAUGCAACUGAUUCGAGAC